AUGGUCAGCACAAGGUCCAUGAGUCUUCGUAACGAGGGAAACAUGGAAAGGGCGCUGGCCAGUGGCAAGGACCGCAUCAGCGCCCUCCCCGAUGAGCUCCUCCAGCAUGUGAUGUCCUUCUUGCUCUCCCGCGACGCCGUGCGCACAUGCUUGCUCGCUAGGCGCUGGAGCAUGCUCUGGAAGUCCGUGCCUGCCCUACGCAUCGUGGAUGACCUUGCGACUGACUCCUACAAGUUCGUGGAUGAGCUGCUGCGCCUCCGUAACCCGGCGCCAUUGAACGUAUGUGACAUCUGUGAUGCGUACGAGGAUUCGGAUACAGAGGAUCGGUUAGCUUUUUGCGAGGAGGCAUCCGAUCGCAUUGCGCCGUGGCUCCGGUAUGCUUUGUUGCAUCAAGUUCGGGUGCUACGAGUCACUGCUCCUGUCUUCCCAACCGACCUGGUUCUCGUCUCUUCACACCUGAAGAGGAUAGAGCUUUGUCACAUGCAGUUUGAAGAGACUCUGGAUCUUUCGAGUUGCCAGGUGUUAGACGUGUUAGAGAUGACAGAUUGUAACAUCUAUGCGAGUAUCUUUUGCCAGUCAUUACGACACCUUAACAUGAAAGGUGGAUGUUUUGACAAUGAAAUCCGCCUUCAUAUUUCUGCCCCAAAUCUCGUUAGCUUGAAACUAGCUCCAGAGUCAGGCUUGACUCCAUUGCUUGAUAGCAUGCCAUCACUGGUAACAGCAUCUGUCGAAUCUUCCGAAGAGGAGUUUCAUCACUGUUUUACUCUACCAUCAUGUGAUGAAGGAUGCACUAGGGAAGAAACAUUUUCUGUGGUUUUGGAAGGCUUGUCUGCUGCUACAAACUUAGAGUUAACAAGUGAUGAUCUGUUAUCUGUUGUCAGAAUGGAUUUGAAGUGGUCCCCCAUGUUUAGCAAACUAAAAACGUUGUUGCUGAAUAAAUGGUGUGUGGCUGGUGAUUUCACUGGAUUGGUUUACUUUCUCCAGCACUCACCAAUUCUAGAGACACUCACGCUACAACUUAAUAUUCCAACUCAUAAGAAACAACGUGUGAAUGAAGCAGAUGAAAGAUAUGCCCCAAAGAAGCAAUCAUUACUACCGAAGCAUCUCAAAAUAGUCAAAAUCAUAUGUGGCAUGAUGAAGGACGAUGCUAGAGUUUACCGUGUUUUGAAGUUGCUUUGUGCUCAUGGAAUGCCUUCUGAGAAAAUUGACAUCCAAUAG